AUGUUCGACGGCACAGGCGUCGUCCAGUUCAUGUCCGCCGUCAGCGAGCUCACCCGCGGGGCCCACACCCCCUCCGUCCUCCCAGUCUGGGACCGACACCUCCUCAUCACCUCGCGGGACCCACCUCGAGUCACCUGCGUCCACCUCGAGUACGAAAACCAAGACGCCACCCCCAUUGACAACCACGUCCAUCGCUCCUUCUUCUUCGGUCCGGCCGAGACCUCCGCCCUCCGCUCUCGACUCCAUCCCGACCUCGGCAGCCGUUGCACCAAAUUCGAACUCGUCACGGCCUGCCUCUGGCGGUGCCGCACGACGGCCUUGGCUGCCGACCCCGACGAGGUGUUCCGGCUCGACUGCAUCGUGAAUUUUCGGAAGAGGUUCAACCCGCCGCUCCCCGACGGCUACUACGGCAACGCCUUUGUCUUCCCGGCGGUGGUCUCCGCCGCCGGAGAUUUGUCGAGCAAACCGCUGGAUUACGCGGUGGAGCUCGUGAGGAGGGCCAAAUCGGAGGCAACCGAGGAGUACGUGAGGUCGGUGAUGGACCUCAUGGUCACGACUGGCCGACCGGGUUUCUCUCUGGACAGGACUCUUAUGGUUUCCGAUUUGACUAAAAUGGGGUUCGAGAAAGUGGAUUACGGGUGGGGUGCGCCUGUGUAUGGCGGUAACCCGGUGCCGGGAGUUGAGGAGUUUGCCGAACAUGGAAUUAGGGGGUUUCCCGGACUGUGCUUUUACGGCGCGUGGAAGAAUAGUAAGGGCGAAAAGGGGGUAAUGGCCCCCAUGUCUUUACCCGAGGAUGCCAUGGAAGUAUUUGCCAAGGAGGUUAAGGUGAUGGUGGAAGGGAAAUGA